AUGUUACAUCGACAUUAUUACUCUAUAGCCAUUAACUACAGGAAGAAUGAACUUGAGGAAAAGAUGUUGUUAAAUCUUCAUAAGAAGAAGUGGACUGAUGGGUUGACACUUAGGCAUUUUGAUACCCAUUCUAAACCAAUGAACAGACUGUUCAGUAAUCCUCGUAAAAAUGAGCCUCGGUCUCAUGAAAUGCCAAAUUUAGCUAUAAAAUACAAUAAGGUUGUCCAAGAGGAAGAUGAAUUACCUCUUGAGAAGUUGGCAAUCGCAAAUGUUGGGAGGCAAGAUGCCAAGAAGCAUUUAGAAGAACAUGUGUCAAACUUGAUGUCCUCGAACAUAGUUCAAACUUUGGCAACUAUGCUCGACACAGUUCUGUUCUAG